AUGCCGCCCCGUCGAGCCCUUAUUUCAGUCACUUCGGCUAGCGCCCCCCUGUUCAAUGGCAAAGAGACGACUGGACUUUUCAUCAGCGAGGCCUUGCACCCCUACAAGGUCCUCGUCGCAGCAGGCUUCGAAGUAGACCUGUCCUCUGAGACAGGUAGUUACACGCCUGACUGGCUUUCCCAGCAACCCGACUUCCUCAACGGCGAAGACCUAGAGAUCUGGACCAACACCAACAGUGACUUCCGAAAGAAGCUUGACAACAUGGUUAAAGCUGGUGACCUGGAUGCUUCGAGUUACGGUCUAUUCUAUGCCUCCGCCGGCCACGCCGCUUUGAUAGAUUACCCUACUGCCACUGGCUUGCAGCACAUCGCUGAGCAAGUGUGGGCCAACGGCGGCGUUGUCGCUUCUGUUUGCCACGGGCCUGCAAUAUUUGCCAAUAUCAAAGAUCUUGCUACCGGAGAGCCGAUAAUCAAAGGAAAGAAACUCACUGGGUUUACUACUGAGGCUGAAAAUACCAUGGGCAUCAUGGGUGAAUUGCGGGACUUGAAUACCGAAAUGGUGGAAGAGCUUUCUGAUCGACUGGGCGCAAUCUAUGAACGAUCAACCGACGUUUGGGAUGACUAUCACGUUGUGGAUGGACGAUUGGUAACCGGUCAAAACCCUGCUAGUGCUACAUCAACUGCAAAAGCAUCUGUUGAUAUUUUUGACCAGCUUUAA